GUGGUGACAUUUAAAUGCUCGAAUAUCCGAAAUUUAUUUGAAUAUUUACAAGAUAUGAUAGUCACGUAAAAGUUACAAAUAUAAAUACAAAAAGCAUUCGAAAUUUAUUUGAUUACUUGUAAGAUGUAGUAGUCAAAUAAACAUUACAAAUUUAAAUACUGGAAUAUCAAGGUAUUCAAACAUCUUAAUACUCGAGUAUCAAGGUAUUGGAGCAUCUUGCUAGUCAAAUAUCUGACAAGAUGUGAUAGUCAAAGAUUCGAAUAAUCCUCGGCCCCACUCCGAAGUUAAAGUACACUCCGUGUGAAAAGUUGAACGUUCGACGCGAAUUAAUUCGCAGAGGCGGAUCCGAAUUUCAGUAACGGAUCCGUAAUUUUCCGUGCCCCGGCGCUUCCUAUCUAACCUCCAACCGAAAAACUGCCUCGAAUUCCAUUCGAUGGAAAUAUUUUACUAGUUUGUUACGAGCACCGAAGAAAAUUUUCUUCCGACUUGUUGCGCCGACAUGGUUCACGUGUAGGAAGCACGGUUUUCUGGAGUCAUGAAAGCGUGUUACGUUCGUUGGACAGUAGUGGUAGUACAGUCGUUUAAAAUUUCCAUUUAUGUGGCAUACUAUCGCACACACGUCGGCUCGCGAAUACGUAAAUGUCAGUCGUACGGCUGAGCGUAUCGAUGUAGGUAUGUAACCGGGCGCAAUCAAGCAAUUUGAAACAGAAGCGACGAAAAGUUGUCGUACCAGCGCCUGGUUUUUCAAAUAAACAGUUAGUGCAUGUACUUACAAUGGAGGGCCACCAGGUAUGGGCGUUGUACGACUUCACAGGGGAGUCAGGCACAGCUGAAUUGUCUAUUAAAGCAGGAGAAGUCUUGACUGUCAUGAGAGAUAACGUGGGUGACGGAUGGUACGAAGGUGUCAAUCAGGAUGGAAAGUCUGGGCUGUUUCCAGCGGCUUACGUUAAGGCUGUUACCAACGAGGCAUCCGUUUCAAAUGCCAUGACGUCGUCCCAGCAGAGCUCUGGAGACUACUGGGACGACGAUUGGGACGACGACUCCGAAGUUAGUCAAACCCAGGCGUACGUUCCUCCUCAACAACAGCAUAUGAUACAAUUAACGCAACAACACAGUACCACCGACUACGGGGAUUCAGUUUCCAUGCAAGCUAUCCAUUCUGUGAUACCCGAAAGGCCUAUACCGAAUAUACCAAAGAAGAACAAUAAAUUUUCUACGUUGAUAAAGUCUGGAGAGGAUAGUUAUUUAUUAGGGACGAGAAUAACGAAUGUUCCCGAAAGCGAGAAAGUGUAUAUCGAAGAAUUCGAUGGAAGACGUUGUAGAUGGGUUUACAGAGGAGAUCCUUACAAGUGUAUAAUCACGUCUCCCAAAAAGGAGUCUAAACUUAAGGGACUUAAAAGUUUUAUAGUUUAUCAACUCACGCCUACGUUUAACAACAUUCAAGUUUCGAGGAGAUACAAGCACUUCGAUUGGCUGCACGAACGUCUGGAAGAGAAAUAUUGUUUCAUUCCUAUACCUCCGUUGCCAGAUAAACAAAUAGCGGGAAGAUACGAGGAGCAGUUUAUCGAACACCGACGUACACAGCUGCAGGAGUUCGUUGAUUACGUUUGUAGGCAUCCUGUGUUGGCGCGCAGUCGUGUCUGGGAACAUUUCAUGACGUGUACGGACGAGAAGAGGUGGAAAGCCGGGAAAAGGCUAGCCGAGAAGGACGAAUUGCUAGGUGUAAAUUAUUUCAAUGCCGUACAGUGUCCCGAUAUUCCUUUGGAUGCUAUCAAAGUGGAGAUUCAAAUAGACGCUUACAGUAGAUUCAUAAGUGGGCUGGAUCCGGUAGUCAAGAACUUCAUGGCCAUGGCUGUGGACCAAACGAAGAAAAACCAAGUCUUGUACAAGAGAGAAUUUCAAAAAAUUGGUCAAUCGUUCAUCUCGUUGAGCCACGCUUUGGAAGGCGACGAUAAAAGUCGGGGAGGAUUGACUUACGCGCUGAAAAUAACCGGCGACGCUUACAACGACAUAGGAAAAUUAUACGAGGAACAGCCCAAGUUCGAUUGGGAACCUCUUGCUGAUAAGUUCCAUAUUUAUAGAGGAAUUAUCAGCAAUUUCCCAGAUGUUAUCAGUAUACAUAAGACUGCUGUACAGAAACGCAGAGAUUGCGAGAGGCUAGUAAGCGAGCACAAAAUGGAGCCACAGCAAAUGCGAGAGCUUUCUCAACGAACGGACGUGAUAGCGCGAGCCCUUCUUGCCGAGGAAACGCACUUUCAGAGAGAACAAGAGGUCCAUAUAACUCAAGCUAUGAAAAACCACCUUGCGGAGCAAAUUACAUUUUAUCAGAAGAUCGUGGACAAAUUACGAGAAGCGUUAAACUCGUACGAAGAUUGAAACCGAAGGAUAAUAAUCGUAGAAGGCUUUGCACGCGAUUAUCGGUUUAUAUAAUCCACAAUAUAGAGGAUAUUUAGUCCGAAAUGUACGAAUUUUUAUGAGCUAUACACUACGCGCGAAUUUCUAUAAUCGAGAGAAUCUAAUUUUGCGAUUCGAGUACAAGUGAUCGUCGAAUAUAUGUUUAAUUAUCGAUAAGCAAAUGCAGAAGAAUCACGUGAAUUGAAUUAGAGAAGGGGCCAAUAGUUUUGUUUCUUUUUUUCUUUUUCAGAUGUACCAAAAAUCACACGUAUAUAAAGAUAUGAAAAUAUAUUUUCUAUUUAUAGUAUUUUUUCAAUGUACAUUACAGUUGUACAAUCCGGUAUUAUCAAAGCGACUGAGCAAACAGGAAAGAAUGGUAUUAAAAUGGACUGGAAGAGGUGAAGUGUAAUUUUCAGAAACCAGAUAAUCAACAUCAAUUAAGCGAUAUUAUUAAUGAUGCAUAGUAAUAUAUUACAUGUUAAUAUCAAUGUUAAUUUUUCGUGGCUGCUACUUUUAAAAAUUUAAAGGGCUACUUUGUAAUUUAUUCCUUCUUUUUUUUUUCUUGCACAGGUAUUUUUCAUUGCGAAUGUUAGUUUGAUCGUUAACUCUUUUCUACGAUACAAUUAUAUACAUGUACAUUUCUUUUCGCGUGAUAUUAAUAUGUGCUUGAAAUAUAAGCUAAAUUUUACACGUAGUACAUCCACAUUAAAAACUAAAGAUUAACUAUAAUACAGCGUGAAAGUUUACAUUACAUCCUAUAAUAACCAUGAAAUUUCAGUUAUUCUUAUUUACCUUCGUGUAUUACAUCUAAAUUGUGUUAGUACCAUAUCUGCAGAUUACGUUAUUACACGUUAUUAUAAUAAUGGUUACAACACGAUAGAAAUGUUUAUCGUUUAUAUAUACGUAAUAAAUCAAGUAAAAAUAUGCUUAACUAUACGAUUGUUACGCAAAUAAAUCUAUUAGAUGUAUGUAUAUAUAGUUACGGGAAAAAAAAGAAUUAUGUAACACUUUAGUUUCUAUAGAAUGUAAUGUAAACCGUUCUUUCAACCAAACUAAUCUUGUGCUCAAAUUAAUCAACCGAUUUACAUGACAAACAGUAAAUGUUAAGUACCUCGCACGAUCCAUUUGUCGUUGAUUCGUAAUACUAUGUUUCGCAAAGGCAGCCACUGUAUAUUGAUAAAAUCAUUAACAUAAAGCGUAACGAUUUUGUAAAUUUCCUAUUUCAACUACAGAUCGCCAGUUAACGAAUUACAAAUAAGGCAUAUCAUUGUUAUUGCAUUUAAAAUAAUUUGUAUAAAAUGGUAGUUUAAUUUUAAGCACAAACACAUACAAUUUUGUAAAUGUUAUUAUUAUUAUCAUCAUCAUCAUCAUCGUUAUCAUUAUUUUCAUCGAUUUCAUAUAACUUCCUUUUCGUCUUUGAAAAGGAAUUCCCAAUAAAUCUGUAUUAAAUUAAAGUGUAAUUACUAUUUCACUUACUCUUUAGUCUACGACCGUUGGAAUAAUUCCAUUAUUUUACAACGUAACAAAGAGUAACCGAGCUAACGUAACAAAUUGAAAAAUUAAGUUCUGUAUACCUUUUAUUUAUCAACAUUCCAUGAAAUAGCACCGCAAUCGAGAAAUUGAAAACAAAAAAAGAAUGAUUAAACUUCGUGGUCCGUUCCUAUAAUUUCCAUAAUUACGAGCCAAAUUCCUAAACGAAACAGAUUACUCUUAUCAAGCACAGUAUAUUCAACCUAAUCUGAAUUUUACACCUAAUCCGAAAUUAGCUGCUCGAAUGAAUAUAGUUUACAGAAGUUUUAUAUUUCGAAUACCAAAAAAAGAGAUCAGCAACCGGUUCUUUAAUAGGUACGAAUAUAUUGGCACUGUAAACUAGAUUAUCGUAAUUCCGAUUAUUAAGAUCCUUCGCGUAGGUUUGAGAAACUUGUGUCAUUUAAUUUCUAGGAGCACCGACGGACUCCGUUAUUAUGUAUAAUUUAAUAAUUAAGACAUCCAAUACUUUGUCCCCCACAUGCACAAAAUUCAAGCAUAACAAUUGCAACGCUUAUGCAACGAGGAAAUUACAAUAGGAAGAAGUUGUUCCUGCAUCAUUUAAUAAAUAUACAUUAUAUAGGAGCGUUACGCUUAAUUUAUAGGCAACAAUUAAAGUAUUUUAGUCAACAGUACAUACUCCCUCCCUCGUUCUCUCUCUUUCACACUCUUACUCUUUCGCUUCCAUACACACUCUAUCAGUCUGGCGUUUUAUAUUGUUUUUUUUUUGUUCCUCGAUUACGAGUCAUUUUUCAUUGCUAUUUAAAAUCAGCUUAUCUUUACAUCACAUUUGCAAUGUUCCUGCCGAUAUGUUUAUUCGCGUGGCACGGUCUUUUAUUUUUUUUUUUUAUUUCUUUUUGCUUUUAAAUACAAGCUAAGCUCCUUUUACUUCCUUUUUUAGAAUUUUAAAUUACAAGCUAGUCAAUAACGCACGAAUGUCAGCAUGAAAAAAUUAAGAACCAUUCUUAUUAGAUGACACGACGUUGGCACCGUGAAAAAUGUAAUUUAAUAUUUUUGUUUUAUUUAUAAUAGGAAGAAAACUCUAUAUACUGAAUAAUGGAAAGUAAUCGAAAAGUAUUACCAAAUAUUGAAUGAACAUAAUAAAUUCGUAAAUGGAGUUACUUUCUAUAUAAUUCUUACAUAGAAUACCUUUGUUCAAUAUUCAAUGUAAUUCUUACGUAGAAUAUCUUUGUUCAAUAUUCAAUGUAAUUCUUACGUAGAAUAUCUUUGUUCAAUAUGCAAUGUAAUUCUUACGUAGAAUAUCUUUGUUCAAUAUUCAAUGUAAUUCUUACGUAGAAUACCUUUGAUCAAUAUUCAAUGUAAUUUUUACGUAGAAUACCUUUGAUCAAUAUUCAAUGUAAUUCUUACAUAGAAUAUCUUUGAUCAAUUUUCAAUGUAAUUCUUACGUACGAUACCUUUGUAUCUUCUAAUUUUAAUGUACCAUCAUCGUGUCAUCCGAGGCACUUUAGAAUGAUACUUUGUUCUGCGCAAUGAAAGACCUUUCGUCAAUUCAAGUUGAAUGAAUUUUGAUACCAAAGUAUUUUGACAGGAAUAAACGACGACCAUCGGAUUUAUUUCGAACUUCCAUUCGUAUGCGUAUUUUCUCGCGCUAAAUUUUAUAUUAUAUUUGUUCGAAUAACUAUAGUAGCUACCUUAUAAUUAAUAUAAUUAUUAUCGAUUUCAAAAUUAUUUCGUAGCGUUAUACGAAUCCCAUAAAGUUCUUUUCAUAUUCAUUUUUUACUAUACGAAUAGUGCCCGGUACACGGACGGAUGUCUAAUAUGAUAGUUCAAAGAUGAUUAUCAUAUUUAUAGUUAAAAGUUAAAGAGAAAGAGAUAGUAGAUUUUAUGAUAAAAAGAGUGCCCGCUCGAUAAACAGCAAUAAUUCAUUUCUACACGAGUAUGCAACACAUGAUCUUUUAAAUUCUGUUGAAUAUAAUUUAGAUUUAUUUCAAAGCACGUUUCAAAGGACACGAAAAACAUGGAAACUUUUUUUUAAAAAAUA